AUGGGUAACUCCGAUUCAAAGAUAGAUUUACUCUAUAAACAGCAUCUCAUUAACUUAGCUCGACCGGAUCCAACAAUUUUCGCUAAUAAUAUCGCCUUAGCUAACGAUCAGAUAAGUACACCUUCAACUCCGGCUAUCGCUACUGCCACCUCUGCUAAUGUGCCAGCAUCAAAGAAUGAGGUGCAUGCUCCAUUAACCAUACCAAUUUUUACAGAUACUGUCUCUUUAGAAACCCUUGUAUCCCUAUACAGUAAUAAUAAUGACAAUCGAUCCUCUUCACCCAUCGAUGAUAAACUGAUAUUCCAUCAGUUUUACCUCGAUUUUAACGCCCUAGCAAUAAAUCUUUCUAUUGAGUCGAUGAAUCAACUAAUUAACAAAUCAGAAUUGAGACAACUUUCCAAUUUGAACAAUAAAAAUUUCUUAAAUUUAAUGAAAUUUAACUUCUUGCAAAUCAUUUUCCAAGUGAAUUCGUUAAAUAUUCAUUCUAUUACAUUAUUAAAUUUGCAAUUAUGGAAAAUCCUUACGUCUUUGAGAAUAUUGACAAGAUUAUUACCCAUAUAUUACGAGUCUUCACCUGCGACUGAAAAGGGCUUCAUAUGGGAUAACGAAUUCAUACAAUCGAUAUUUGGUUGCCAAUCGACGCUCCCCUCUCUGGGACUUGCAAUCCUGAAUUCAUGUUUACGAUUACUGUUUAUUGAAGGUUUUACCAUCCCAUCCAUAAAUAAUACACCGGGUACAAUAAAUAUAGACUACAUUUGGGAAAAUGGGAUAGAAACAAUAGACUCGCAUUAUUUACCCCAAUUUCCCAAGUUUGAUGCAAAUAGAUUGGAAAUCUUGAAUUUCAUCAUCACAUUAUCAUCAUCUAAUCUAUAUUCUAACACUCACAACGAAAACAUUGCAUUGAAACUCAUUAAUAAUGAACUAAACCAUAAGAACGUCACGAAUCUGAUAGCUUCCCUAAUUAAUGUAUCCUGUAGAAACGCAUUAAACGCGAAAUUGGAAACAUCCACUCCAUACAGGGAUUUCAAUUACAAACAAUCACAACAGAAUUUAUUACCACAACUAAGGUCAAAUUUAGUUCUUUCUUCAUUACAAUUAUUGAAUUUAUUGUUGGAUGAACCCUCGACCAUGAAGGAAGAUUCAAUUAUAUCGUCUUGGAAGAGAGAACGUGAUUUGAAGUUAAUCUUAUCUGCAUUUGCAAAGAUUGUAAGGUGGCCUCUGGAUUCCAUGAUUGAGAAUGAAUCAAAUAUCUUCCCCUUUGGCUCCUUCUCUAAUAACAACAGCAAUAAUAAUAAUAAUAAUAGUAAUAGUAAUAAUAGUCAUAAUACUAAGAACAGUAAAGAAAUUGAGGACCAUAAUGCAAAUUCUCAAAGAUUAAGAAGAUCAUAUUCAGAUACCUUGCAAAAAUCACCAAGUAAUGAUCAGAGUUCAAACAAGAUUGAGGAACAUGAUAAUGAUUUUGCCCUGCCGGAUAUAUCUCCCACAUUUUUGCAAUGGGUUCUUCUCAUACAAAAAUUAAUCGACGGCAAUACACUGUUUGAAAAUUACUUUUAUGAUAGGUUUGCUAAUAAAUUCAUUAUACUGACCAUUUACUACAUUAAAUUUUAUAAUCAUUUGACUGAAUUAAACACCACUUUAAUCCCAAUACUAAUCAACUUUUCACUGAAAUUAUCAUCAAAGACAUUAGUUCAGAAUAAAUUUUUGCAAACUUUUACAAAUAAUUACUAUAAUAACAAAUUACCCAAUGCAUUCAAGAUCUCAAAUGUGUCUGUGCCAUCAUCGUUAACAUAUCGUGAUUUUGCCAUUAUUCAUCUUUGUAACCUUUCCAUAAAUGAUACAAGAUCAAAUUUACAAUUACGUCCUUACCUUUUCGAAUUAAUUUAUAAUUUAUUGUUACCACCAAAUAAAAUAACCAAGGAAACAAUGCCACCAUUAUCCAACCAACAUGAUCGCCAUCAUACUCAACAUACUUCUCAGACGACAACUAUAAAGAAUACGGCGUUGAAUUAUAAUGCAUCAUUGGCUAUAUUACACUUAUUAGCAAAAUUAUCCAAUAAGACAUACCUAUCAUCAUAUUCACAAUCUACUACGUCGAAUUCAAUGGUUAUAAACUCAUAUUUAUCAUCUCCCAGUUUCAAAUUGGACCUUUUGUCAAUAUUAUUAAGAGUCAUCUCCAUAUUUAUUAUUAAGUCUUUUAAGGAAGCCAAGAAUUUGAUAUUUGUGCUAGCAAGGCAUCAGGGAAUCAUAAUCCAAUUGAAUGAUUCGUUGAUUUCCAUUUCGAGACAAAUCCAAUCCAAUCAAUUGAAAAUGAAUGAUUUUUUACAAUUUCAACCAAACGAGCUAAGUGGCGGCACAAUUAUUAAUGGCAAUAAUGAUUCAAAUAGUAAUAAUAAUAGCAAUUCCAAUAUUAAUCAAAACGAUCCCUUCAUUGUAUUUAAUAAGAAAUUACCAAACUAUGAUGACACGACAAUGCAACUUGAUGAAGCAGAACAAGAUUGGAAAUUAAGCCAUAAACUCUCAAAUACAGAAUCUCCAAAUAAAAAUAUACAAAUAGUAGAGCAUUUGGAUUAUUCCUUACCAUUAUUAUGCAAUGAUGCUAAUGCCAAUGAUCUUUCCAAUUUUGAAUUAAUGAAACCGAAUUGGCCUCUUGGGAUUAAUUUUAAAAAUCAUGGUAAACAUUUGCAGAAAUUGAAUCUUAUUGAGUCAUGGUCAGGUAAUGAUUCUUUGAAAAUGCUAACAAGGAUGAUCAAAAUUUUCUUAACAAAAUUUCCUACAAUUACAACGAUAACGACAAACAAUUAUUACAAUUUAAUUGAUCAAUUCGAUUCGUUUGAAGAUGAGUUUUUUAAAAUAAUAGAAAAGGAUAUCCCCAUUUACAUUAAAGAGAUGGAGAUAUUUGAACAAUUAUCCUUAAAUCUACCGAAGAAUUUAUUAAUUAAAGAUUGGAAUUUUACCUUGUGUUGGGCAGAUAUAUUCCAUUCGCAUUCCACUCCAUAUAUAUAUCAUCCGGAGUAUGAUCUGUUACAACUAUUGGAUAAUAACAACAAUAGCAGCAAGUUACCGCAACCAAGACAUAAGUCGUCUACUUCUAAUUUAGGAUUUAAUACGUCUUCAUCAUCUACCAUUGGUUUGGGUAUUGCUAAGGAUAAUAGGAACUUUCAAAAGGAAUCGACAGGCACUGGGACUCCAACCCACCUAGAAAGAUACACUUCUAAUAACUCGACGUUAUCAAGAACUACAAGUAAUGGAUCAUCAGUAAUGAAUUACUUUACUUCUCAACAGUCUCAACAAACACCACAAUCAUUGAAUGACAUGGAUUCACAUUUAAAUAAUUUACCGUCACAAUCAGCAUUGGAUCUUAUCAGUAAUCCAGCCAUUUCAACAUCUAGCACAUCUCCGAAUGUGAAUAGUAAUAACAAUACUAAUUCUACCACUAAUAGUGCAGCAUCUAGUCCCUCAUUUUUUAGAUUUUCUUGGACAGGAUUUAUUAAGAAUGAACAGGAAACAAUUCAGGAAUCACCUUCUGGUAACAAUACUAACUCUUCUCCACCAAGGGUGAAUCCUUUUACCAUGGACACUGGUUUAAUAAGAUCAAAUAUUUGGGCAGGCACCAAAAUAAAACUUUUCCCGGUAAAGAAGGAUACUAAGGAGGAAUUUUCAUUUUUAGAUAUGACAUCUUCAUUGUUGAAGAGAUUUAGGUUCAACACAUCUGGUUCGAGUGAUACGAUACCUGAGAGUCCUACGACUGGAAGACCUUACACCCCAAGAAAUUCAAUGUCGAGUACAUUUUCUCAAUAUGGCAAUAGACAAUAG